AUGUCUUCAGAGAAGAAACAACUCAUCCUCAAUGCCUUCGCUAUGCAGUCCCCCUCCCACCUGAACCCAGGUCUAUUCCGAUACCCUUCCGACCAAGGCGCGCAGUACAAAGACAUCAAGACCUGGAUCGCACUCGCACAAAAGCUCGAGGCAGCCAAAUUCCACGCUAUUUUCUUCGCAGACGUCUUGGGAGGCUACGAUGUGUACAAGGGCCCUGCAAACCUAGACCCAACCAUCCCUGCCGGCGCGCAAUUCCCCAUCAACGACCCUCUGUACAGCGUGCCCGCCAUGGCAGCCGCGACGGAGAGCAUCUCGUUUGGAAUCACGGCGUCAACGACCUAUGAUGCGCCAUACGCGAUGGCGAGACGGUUUUCGACGGUUGAUCAUCUCAGCAAUGGACGCAUUGGAUGGAAUAUCGUCACCUCGUACCUAGAUUCAGCGGCAAAGAAUUUUGGGCUGAAUACCCAGGUCGAGCAUGACGAGCGCUAUCGCAUUGCCGAUGAGUAUUUGGAUGUUACGUAUAAGUUGUGGGAGGGGUCUUGGAGAGACGAUGCAGUCACCUGGACAAAGCAGCCAGCCUCUUCGAAUGCAGCUGCGGAUGUUGCUGGAAAGGGAUACGCGGACCCAAAACUUGUCCGCCAAAUCAAUCACAAAGGGAAAUACUUCCAGGUCCCUGGUCCGCAUCUCUGUGAGCCGAGCCCGCAGCGCACGCCUUUCCUCUUGCAGGCUGGGACGUCGUCCGCAGGCAAGGCAUUCGCAGCUAAACACGCCGAAGCGGUCUUUGUGCAUGCUCAAAAGCCAGAACUCCUUCGUCCGUCUGUCGAUAGCGUGCGCCAACAGGCUGCAGACUUUGGCCGCGACCCGCAGGAUAUCAAGGUGAUUGCGGGAGCAUUGGUCAUCGUCGCGGAGACGGACGAAGCGGCGCAGGCCAAGUUCGACGAGUUGAAGAAAUACGGCGAUGAGGAGGGUGCGCUUGCUCUGUUUGGCGGAUGGACGGGCUACGACCUUUCUACUUACGCCGAUGACCAAGAUUUCCGCUUCGUGGAGCAGCCCGCCGUGCGAAGCAUGGUGAACCACUGGGCCAGCACGGUUCCCGGAGGCGAGGGCAAGAAAUGGAACAAGCGGACGAUCGCCGAGUACCUGGUUCUGGGCGGGAAUGGCGUCAAGAUAAUCGGUAGUGUGCAAAGCGUGGCAGAUGAGAUGGAGCGGUGGGUGAGUGUUGGCGAUAUUGACGGGUUCAAUCUCAGCUAUGCUACUCUGCCCGACACCUUUGAUGAAAUUAUCAAUUUGCUACUGCCUGAGCUGCGACGGAGGGGUCUCUUCUGGGAGGACUAUGCGGUUAAGGGUGGUACGAUGCGUGAAAAUAUGUAUGGGCAGAAGGGAUUCAACAGGUUGCCUAACUCGCACGCUGGCGCAAAGUUCACUUGGAAAGCUGGAGAGGAGAUUCCCAAGUAUCAGGAGAAUUAG